AGUUACUCUAUGGCUCGAAUCAAACACAACAGCGACAUGUACAAGAGACGUCAUCAUGAGAAAGGUCUCCGAUCUACUAGACUAGGUACAUGGUACCUUUUUGCCUGCGACUCACUAGUGCGUCACGCCGUUUGCAGUGCAGCCUUGGCACAAGAAACAAUACUGUAUUUGUAGCUUCGCAUGUAGGUAUCCACUUUGUGCAAGACCUUGCUCUUUCCGAAGGGCCCAAAGUGGCGCUAGGUCAGAGGUGAAUGUCUGCAGGUGGAGACGCGUACUACAAUGGUUCUGCUGAAGUUGGUUCCAAGAUUUUGUCCGACCGCCAGCUUUUGCGAGAGCAGCUCACGCCAAAUGCACGCGGUCUUAUUGUGGCAAUGGUUGGACUUCCAGCCAGAGGGAAAUCCUUCAUUUCCAGAAAGGUAGAGCGCUUCCUCAAAUGGGGUGGUAACCGCACGCAGACCUUCAAUGUUGGAAAGUACAGAAGAGAUGCUGUUGAUCCUGAAAGGUCUGGAAAGAGUGAUUUCUUCGACAACAGCAACAGUGAUUCAGUGGCCCAAAGAAUGCAGAUGGCCAUGGCCGCGCUGGCAGAUGCAAUUAAAUUCCUCGAUGAGGGAGGCAAAUUUGCAAUUUUUGAUGCGACGAACAGUACAGUGGCCCGACGGCAGAUGAUCACAGAAAAGGUCACCGCUGGAGGGCAAUAUAGUAUUCUUUGGGUGGAGGCAGUAUGUGACGAGCGAGAGGUCGUACUGUUCAACAUGUUGACAAAGGUUCGCUACAGUCCAGACUUCCAGCACAUGACCGAAGAGCAGGCCAUGCAAGACCUCAAGCAGCGCAUUGCAAACUACGAAAAGAUCUAUGAAACAGUGCAGGACUCCGAAGGAGCAUUCAUCAAGCUGUUUAAUUUGUCCAGCAAGGUUAUGGCAAAUCAUUGCUAUGGGCGAGUGGCCAAAAGCAUUUUGCCAUUCCUGAUGGCAAUUCACAUUGGCUCACGACCCAUUUGGUUGACACGAGCCGGUGCUGGAUCGCCAGAAUCAAAAGGUCAACACGGCAGCGAUCGUGCUUCAAGCCUUUCACAAGAAGGCCAAGACUUUGCCAAGCGCUUGGCAAAGUUCGUGAAGACACGUGCGCAAAGAUACUGGGAGCGAUCCGGUAAGCCACAGGAGGAGACGCAGGUCUUCACCAGCACGAUGCCCCGUGCAGUCUCUUCUGCUCGCUGCACGGCAGCCCUGAUUGACCAGCGAUCAGCCUUGAAUCCUAUCGACAAGGGUGUAUUGGGUGCUGGCUGGUGGGACGUGGAGUGUGCAGAAGAUGUUCCUCCUUGGAAGGAGAUGGACAAAAGGCAUCCAGAGUUCAUGAAACAGUUCCAGCAAGACCCAUUGUAUUGCCAGUUCCCUGGUGGUGAGAGGUAUAUGGAUGUGGUCAUGCGACUAGAGAGCGUGCUCAUUGACGUUGAAAUGUGUACGAGUCCAGUACUCAUAGUGAGUCACAUCACGACCCUGCAAGUGCUUUUGGCCUAUUUCAAGGGGAUUCCCGUGGAGGAGGCUUGGAAGCUUUCCUUGCCAAAGAAUAUGGUUGUGGAGGUCUCACCAACAGAAGGCGGUGGCUUCCUGUCUGAGGAGCACGAUUUGUGCCUAAGCAUCGAUGUGGGCGGAAACGAGCCAGUGCGUCACUCAGUGCUCCUUUGUUUUCGGAGAGCCAAAGAACUACCACAUCCUUGUCUGGAAUGUGCAAUACACAUCACUCUAUUUUUUCUGAGAUACUUGUCCAGUCCAAUUCAUUUGGACUAUGGAAGGAUAAUAGCCCUUUUCCCGGCUCAGAAUCGCUGACACUUGAGGUUGAUGUCAAAAAACAACGAUUGAUUUGAAUUCUCCAGGCUUACAAACAAUCUUUUAAUAUAUUGGAACCAUCAAUAUCCAUCAAUU